UGUAAUUUCUUUUUUCCCUCGGCAUUUAGAAAUAAACUCCUAAAAAAAGUUCAAAAACUCGCCAAAUUUAAAAUUAUACAUUUUUUCCCCACCCCUUUUAAGUUCCAGCAGUCGAAAUGAAGUUCUAUCCCGAUGCGGACGUCUGGUUCUUUGUGGACAAGCCCAGCUGCAUGACCAGCUACCAAAAGUACCCGCCCAAGCACAGCUGGAAGAUUCGAGACCAGACCAUCGCGCGGGAGAUGUACUACUGGCGAGACAUCGAGGGCGUGAAGAAGACGGAGAUCAAGCUCAAGGACCUGUACUUUACCAACUGGCCCAAGAGUCGCAUUCGACCGCAGGCCUGUUUGGGCCUUCUCUAUGCCACCGGCAAUCGAUUCAUCCGCCUAACCAAGGCACCUCCAGCCGGAUUUAAAUGCGCCCCGAUGCCCGUAAAUUUGGCGACCGCUCGCAUGGUCAAAGUGGAGCUUCGCAAGAAGGCCAAGCGUGAUAGAUUGGCAGCAAAGAAGGCUAAAAAGGAAGCGAAGAAGGCCAAGAAGGCCGCCAAGAAGGGCAAAGGAAAGGGCGGCAAAGGCGGCAAGGACGAUCUGAAGCCGAAGGUCAUUAGAACCUAUGAAGAUGCGGAAAAAGCAUAAUAAUGAAAAUUAUUAGAAAAUCAAAGUGUUAACUUUAGAAAGUGUUUUUCAAAAGUAAAUAGA